CUGAAUCUAAACCGUUUUUUGCCAAAUUCAUUACCUACUACUCUGUGUGUCACGUCAGGACGGGCGGAGUUCACUGAUGACUGCAUCUCUGAAUGGACAUGUGGAGGUGGUGGACAAGUUAUUACAACAUGGAGCCACAGUAGAUCUGAAAGAAAAGGACGGGUGGAGUUCACUGAUGACUGCAUCUCAGAAUGGACAUGUGGAGGACGGGCGGAGUUCACUGAUGACUGCAUCUCUGAAUGGACAUGUGGAGGACGGGUGGAGUUCACUGAUGACUGCAUCUCAGAAUGGACAUGUGGAGGACGGGUGGAGUUCACUGAUGCUGCAUCUCAGAAUGGACAUGUGGAGGUGGUGGACAAGUUAUUACAACAUGGAGCCACAGUAGACCUGCAAAAGAGGACGGGUGGAGUUCACUGUAUGCUGCAUCUCAGAAUGGACAUGUGGAGGUGGUGGACAAGUUAUUACAACAUGGAGCCACAGUAGACCUGCAAACAGAGGUACACACACUGUAUGUACAGCGCUCAAUACAAUCAAACGCCUAUGCAAAACGUAAUCUCAGAACAGUGAGGUGAAGGGAACAUGCAUACUUCAUACUAUGCGCUCUCUGAAAAAGUCUGUCGACUAGGUCAUGUGCGCGAUCAGCAACACAGCAGAUUGCAUUCCGUUUUAUCAGUUACAUAUACAUGUAGAAUCUAUGAUUUUCAAAAUAGCAUAGAAGCAAGUGGCUUCAUUGCUUGACUGGCAUAAUUUUAAAUUUGGUGAAUUUCGUAAAAGUACUGCAUUCCAGACUUAUGGCGUGAAAACCAACUGAAACCAGAUUGGCUUAUCAUGGAUACUGACCGAUUUUUGCCAAAUUCGUUACCUACUACUCUGUGUGUCACGUCAGGACGGGCGGAGUUCACUGAUGACUGCAUCUCUGAAUGGACAUGUGGAGGUGGUGGACAAGUUAUUACAACAUGGAGCCACAGUAGAUCUGAAAGAAAAGGACGGGUGGAGUUCACUGAUGACUGCAUCUCAGAAUGGACAUGUGGAGGUGGUGGACAAGUUAAUACAACAUGGAGCCACAGUAGAUCUGAAAGAAAAGAAUGGGUGGAGUUCACUGAUGGCAGCAUCUCAGAAUGGACAUGUGGAGGUGGUGGACAAGUUAUUACAACAUGGAGCCACAGUAGACCUGCUGGAUAAGGAUGACAAUACAGCACUGGCACAUGCCUGUCGAGGAAAUGAUUUUACUACCGUUUCUAUCCUUCUGAGCACUGGUGCCCAUCCAAAUGUCUGCAAUAAGGCUGGCCAGACCCCACUAUUGCUGGCAGUAUGGAAAAAUAAUAUGGCAAUUGUCAGGGAGUUAGUGAAUGCAAGAGUGGACGUAGACCACAUGUACCAGAAUGGACUUUCUUCUCUGAUGCUGUGUUGUGAAAAUGGGAACUCUGAGAUGGCAAACCUACUACUUGAAGCUCAAGCUGAUACUGACCUUCAGCAAUCAGGUACUGGAUACACAGCUCUGAUGUUUGCCUGCAAGGGAGGUCAUCAGGAUACAGUGAAGGUCCUCGUGGAACAUGGAGCAAAUUCAGCGAUUACAAAUCAAGAAGGUAUGACAGCAAUGGAUGUGGCAUCAGCGAAUGAAUUUACAGAUCUGUGUGCUGUUAUUAAGCAAAUCGGACCACCACCUACUGUCAUGCAGGAUGAGAUCAUUGAGGUAAGUAAAAGAUAAUAUAGGUCCUGGUAUGCUUUAUGUAAUCAGGUCUCUUACCCACCCACUAAAACCCUCACCCUGCGGUCACACUAUGCAGAUAGGAAUUUAGUUAUAAGUAAGCCAAUCCUACGUUUCACACAACAAGUCAGGCCAAAAGAGCCCAAUAACUACUCUAAUGGUUGCUAGCAUUCACAGUCACCUCCACGAUGUGUCCUCCAUAACGGGCCAACGUCUGGAUAAAUCGGUCAGCCGAAUCAAAUCGACUAUUCUAACAGCACUUCCCAUCUAAGUGGAAGGAACUCUCGUUUAAUGCGAGCGUCUUUGAGAUUUAAAGGGUUCAGGAGUGCCAUACCACCAUUCCUAUACAUGGAACAUGUUGCCAGGUGCAACUGUGUUUCUGCACAAGAACGAAGGUGUAGACUUGCACUGAAUACCAGCCACUUUCUAACCAAGGCUGCAUAUACUUUUUGUUUCGUACUUUAUUAUUGUACAUUACGACUCGACAC